CAGUUUUUAUCUUAGUUGUUUGUGGUGUUGAUGUUCCUGACUGUCAUCAUUUGCUUUGACUGUGCGCUGUCAGAUACAAACUGAACAGGUUCCUGCAGCGGAUCUCUGUCAUAACUUCUCCUGACAUCCCUGGUUUUGUAGGAACUGAGUCAAAUACAGUCACAGGUGUGAAACACGCAGGUGGAGGCAGCAGGAGCGGGUUGCGUCCUGCGGACUUCACGGAGAGUAGGAAGUGUUUCCCGGGGAGCGGGUGGAGGGAGGACGCUCGGCUGCGCUCUCCUCCACCUCCAUCACUGCCAUUCCCCCUUUCAGUCACUAGGGAGAGACUCUGGACUGGGGGAAGCUGCCGCCGCCUCGCUCACGGGGUCCCACAGCAGGCUCUCAAGAUCACAGUCCGCACCGCACCGCCAUCCGCACACCGGCCUGCGGGACGCGUCGUACUCUCUCCGUCCGGGAUGGAGAAAGACGCCUCUGAACCGGACCCAUCCCGCCAGCGGAACGGGGUCCUGGGCGUGCUUUACGGGGAGUUCAGCGACACGCUCAACGACAGGGUCCGGUACUCGGUGAGCCUGACGGAGAGCGCCCUGACCAUCCAGAGGAUCUCGGCGUCACCCGACCGGACGAAGGUGGUUUUUAACCUGACGGACUGUGUCGGCUGCCGGGCGUACCGAGGGCCGGACGGCGCGGACGUCGGCGCCUACUUCACCGCCUAUUUCUACCCGUUCAAGAGGCGCUGGAUGAGCGCCGGGGUGGCCCGGCAGAGAGUGGAGCAGUGCUUUCGGGUCGCGCUGGUCCAGGACCCGCUCGCCAACCUCCAGGAGGCUGAGAGGUGGGCGAGAGCCAUCAGAGACGCGUCCGCGCUGCAGGCGCCCCGGAGAGACGGUGCGGUCUAUACGGAGGUGCGUCGUCCCUGCAGAGUCAUGAUACUGGUGAACCCUCACAGUGGCCGCGGCCAGGCUCUCCAGCUCUUCACCGGCCACGUGCAGGGCAUGCUCACCGAGGCCUCUGUGCCCUACACGCUCGUCAUCACAGAGCACCAGAACCACGCACGGGAGCUGGUGAAGAAGGCGGACCUGUCACAGUGCGACGCGCUGGUUAUCAUGUCUGGGGACGGGCUGCUGUUUGAGGUGAUAAAUGGUCUGAUGGAUCGAGAGGACUGGCAAGAGGCCAUCCAGAUCCCUCUGGGUAUUCUACCAGGUGGCUCUGGCAACGCCCUGGCUGCCUCUGUCCACCACUACUCACAGUCGCCUCCUGCGUGGAACGAGGAGCUACUACUGAGCUGUGGUUUCAUGCUGUGCAAAGGUCUGGUUGGCUCCUUGGACCUGGUAUCGAUCCACCUCUCCUCUCGGCAGCGCCUCUUCUCCUUCCUCUCCCUGGCCUGGGGUUUCGUGGCUGAUGUCGACAUCGAGAGCGAGAAGUACCGUCAUGUCGGAGCAAUCCGAUUCCUGAUGGGCACCCUGGUGCGUCUCGCCACCCUCAGAGUCUAUCAGGGCAGGUUAGCGUAUCUGCCUGUGAAGGAAGGGCCAAAACCUCCAAAAGGAAGCAUCAAGGCAAACCAUCCUCCCUCCACACCUCAGCACCCCUCGCUCUGCUCCUCCCUUCCCUGUCGGCUCAUCCCCAACACCUCUCCAAACCAGAACUCUCGCCACAAUCACAACAGCACGAACUCAAACCGCAACACCAUCACCAACUCCUCCAACAAUGCUUUAACCACCAAGAAACCUGAGACUCAAAGUGAUGGCAAGACCAGAGCACCACUGGACUCUCUGCUUCCUGGCCUGGACCAGCCAGUCCCAGAGAGCUGGACAGUGGUCAAGGAGGAAGACUUUGUCUUGGUGUUAGCGAUUUACCAGUCCCACCUGGCUGAGGACCUUUGGACAGCCCCUGGUGCAACGGCAGAUGACGGGAUGAUACAUCUGUUUUAUGUGACAGCAGGAAUCUCCCGUCCCGCUCUCUUGCGCCUCUUCCUCGCCAUGGAGAAAGGUGCCCACUUGGCGUGUGGCUGCCCGUACCUUGUGUACGAGAAGGUGAAGGCCCUGCGGCUGGAGCCCAUCUCACCACAGGGCAUGAUCACUGUGGAUGGGGAGAUGGUGGAGUACGGGCCUGUCCAGGCUCAAAUCCACCCAGGACUCGCCAGACUCAUAUGUGGAUGAACUUGGAUUAUCUUAAUCUUUUUUCUGGCUGUAGAGCUUUCUAGUUUGGCCUUUUAUACUCUGUGUCAGCUUUCUUUAUGUAUGCUGUGUUUUCAGAAGUGCCAAAGACAUUUUAUCAGCCUCUGGAAAUUCCUCUAUUUUUCUACAGAAGCAACUUGUCCUAUUUUUAUGGACCCACCCCCCACCCCAUCCUCUCUUUCUCUCAAUGUUUGAUUCAGGGUCAAAGCCAUGGAUGGUUGUUCUUGCUGCUGGCUGGUCCCAGCUUAGAGAAAUGGGGAGGGAUUUUGUGUGUGUUUGUGUGUGUGUGUGUGUGUGUGUGUGUGUGUAUGUGUGUGCAUAAGACGGAUCUUUACGUGUGUCUGUGUGCACAUGAGCGUGUGUAUGUGUGCGAUUGUGCAUGAGGAGCUUUGGCACAUAGCGGCGCGGUGCGGUGGCUGAGGAGUGCAUUGUGCACUCUGCUGUCUGACCUCAUAAGCAUGACACACGUGAAGAGAAGCACAUUUUCCCGUCCUGCGAGGCUCGUGGACAAACCACACCCCCCCCGUCCCACACCGUACAACGCCGGAGCAGCAGUCUCCCUCCUGGGCAACCAACCACUCUAGCAACAUCGCCUCCCCCUCAGCCCGGAGCUUUCUCUUACUGAGGGGAUGUAAAUCCUCUGGGGAUUUGAUGUUGAAAAAUCUUUAAUCUUCGCAUAGAUUAUAUAAAAAAAAGGAAAAGAAAAAACUCUAACAAUAGCAGAUCCAAGCAUUUGUAAAUUCAACCCCCUUUUUUUCUCCCGUUCUGUUUGUGUGUGAAAACUUCCUCCAGCUGAUAAUGAAGUGCAGGUGGAGCAGAGAGAAACCUGGCCCGGCUCAGUUUGCGCCUCCGAUCCAUUUCCCGUCCUGUCCGCUCCCUCACCCCGCUUUCCCCUUGCAACCAUCAUCAAACUAUAGGAGCCGCCUACUCUCACACAUAGACACACACUCUCACUUCUCUCUCCCCCAUCCCUCCCCCUCCUCCUCCUGUACGCUCAUACACACACAUUCCUGUGCAUCUCUGCAGCACUUAGCGGGGGGGAGGGGUCUGCUACUGUGCAUAUGAUCCCCUCUCCUCUUGCCAUCUUAAGAUUGUACUCUCUCUCUCCCUCCUUUGGUUAAUGAGCCAUCAGCACCUAAUGUGUCCUUAAUAUGAAGCUUUACGUCUGCAAAAUAGAGUCGGGGACAGUUAGUUUUUCACCGAAAGCUUUUGAGUGAGUUUCAGCAUCCAACGCAGCUCGCCAAAGUGGGUAUAGCGGGGUUUCACACCGGAUCAGUCAGCGUUGCAUAUUGAGAGGCGUGCGAUCAAUGCGAGCUGCAGGGAGUCAAGUGCUCUGCUCCGCUGUGUGGCCUUUUUGCAGCUGGUCUGCCGGUGCUGCGGUGAUGAGCAUUAGUGCACCGGAGCAGAGGAGAGUGCAAAUGUUAGCAUUAUCAUAGUGCCCCCUUUGACACACACACACACACACACACACACACACACACACACACACACACACACACACACACUCUCUUUCUCUCACACGACAGUUUAUUUCAGGUCACGAUGGCCGUGCCAGAAGUGUUGCACCCACAGGUACGCAGCAGCUUGGAUCUGUCCUCCCUGACCUUAAAAAAAAAAUAAUCUUCUUCAAUUCUAACAAGAAACAGAAUGUCGCCAGGGUAAAAGAGAUCAUGCUGUGUGACUGCUGACGCGAAACACAAAAACACCUCUUGCGCUCAAAUCGAAAACAGGCUAAUGGGGGUUCAAGGAAAUGCGGAUCAGAAGCUUUUCAAGGUUUCUGAUGAACACAUCACUGUCAUCCUGAGCGCAGUACAGUCGAUGCAGCGAGCUGAUGGCGCACAUUAUUUUCCUGCUGCUUUCUGUUGAGCUUGUGAAAGGAGGAAAGUGUUGGCGGCUUCCAAUGGAAGAAGCGUCAACAUUAAAGUAUCUUCGCAUAAUGAAAAUAGAAAGGAGGCCUCCAUAGGGACUGUACGGAAAUUAUUGUGGCGUGGACAAAAAAAGGCUGAAGCUCUGCUGGUGUUAUUGUAUCUGGAUGCUCCAUUUGGACAAAGAACAAAGUUGCUCCACUAGCAUUAUGGAGGAAAUGUAUACAACACAUUUGGGCUGGGCUUUGUUUUUCUGUUUUGUUUUUUUAAUUUACAAAAAAACGGUUGAAAUAUUGUAUCUUUUAGGAGCAAAAGAAUUGAGCAUUAAUAACAAACACCCUGCACAAUCUGCAAGGCUGUCAGCACUCGACGUCAGACGUUAAUUAUCAGUUUCAGCAGAGAUCAAGCACACAAAAUCAUCUCCUGCUGUUUGUUUAUUUUUCCUGACCCUGAUAUCUGCAGACAGAUGCUUGCCCGCAGCAUGAAAUUUGGAUAAUGCGUCAUCAACAAAAACAAACCGAGAACUGAGAUUUGCCAUUUUUCAGUCUCUUCCACUCGAUUGAUGGAUCGAUCUACACAUUUUACACAUCAUGCAAAUCAAUCAAAUACAUGUGACAUGUCUCUCAGCCUUUACAUGUAAUCUUACCAUAGUCCUGCUGUGUUGCUCUUAUAUAUUCUGACAUCUGGGAAGUUUGGGGGCUCAGUUUCCACACUGUUUUUGUUUUGUGUCCGUAAUUACAGACCGCAGUCGUCCAGGCAGGGAAAUGCGUGUCUUUACGGAUCGGAAGACAGGCUAACCGCUAACGUGAGGCUAAGCGCACGAAGCAUUAUUGAGACAAAAACAGGACCAGCAGACCAAAGAUGACCUGCCAAGUGUUAAGCCAGUUUUGUGAAAUAUUUUGUUAAAAAAAACAAACCAUAAAAACAACAACAACAAAAAAAACAAACGUAUGAACCUCUGAGGUUAUGCAUGCACAUUAUGACUCAGCUAGCAUGCUACCGAAAAGUUACUUAGCUUAAUACGCCGGCAGAUGUUUCAACAAAUAUAUAGCUUUAUGAAUGUGAAAAUAGCUUUAUUACAUUUAUUAAUCAGUCAGCUAAUUCGUUGACGCUAACUUCCUGUGGCACUCGGUGCUCGUGGUCCUCUGCCGCAAAAGUUCAAUUUCCGCAAAGUACUUGAGGCUGAAAACAAAGAAUAGGAAUGAACGGACUUCAGGUUGUGGAAAGGAGCCAUUAGUCAGUCACUAAUAACUCAGUGUGAAGCCCCACAUUGUCCUGUUUCUCAAAACUAGCAUAUCUGCCCUAUUGUCUAGCUGCCCAUUGACUGUGUAGAGGGAAAUAAAACCCAGAUGCACCAUUAUGAUUGGUGUCCUGAAGUUCUUUUUAUUUAUUGUUUUUUUUUCCUCAUUCUUUUAUUUAACACUAAAACUCACAGCGGAAGUUGGAUUAAAAUAGCCAUAGCUAA